AUGGUUAGCUCGUUCUACGACUCGGAUGACGAGCAGCCACAUCACCACUCAGGUGACCAGACCCCCAGGCCACCUGGACACUACGGCACGACGCGUAACCCUCAGAACGAAGGGAGGCGAAGCGCAGCACGGAACCACGGAAGUUCCGGUGUCUACAGGCAUCACGAGCCUUACGACUUCAUGACCCAUAACCCAUGGGAGGUAACCGACUGGGCAACACGAAGCACGACGUCCAGUCGUAUCUCGAGGACCAAGGAAUACCUCGAGAUGGCCAUGGACCAGGGCCUAUCACAAGAAGAGGUCAUGGCAAUGAUACUUAAGAAUUACAACUUGCCACCGGGAGCAUUCCCAUCUCGCAGCGAGGCGAGUAACUCCCAAUCGAGUCGAGCGUACUCGAAUACUCACCAAGUUAAACAAGAACCGGACAGCCCUGGGCACUUAGGAACCCCAGGAAACGGUGUGGCAGACCCUAGCGCCAUCAUCGUACCACCUGUAGGUGGUCCCCCAGAUCCGAACCUGACCAGUGCUGAACAGAGUCUGUUCAGGGCACAGCAGCCUAACGAAGACGACGAGAGCUAUCGUCGUCGAGUUAGCGCUAUUCGUCGACUGCGGUCACCACCGGACACCAAGUCGAACGAAGAAACCGUCACCACGACGGCCUCAACUGCCAAAGAUAAGGGCAAGAGACGCGACGAUGGUGGGUAUAACCCAGCGGUUAUCUCACCCCGGAUGGUCGCUGGACCGUCGAAUUACGGGUUUGGACAGUACGACCCGAACUACCGACCACCACCGCUCAUUCCCCCUUCAGGAUACCGCUUGCCCGACGUACACAUGGGAUUCGGAAUGUCGCCCGUCAUCGAGGACGACUCCGACUUCCCGUUGCUGUCAACCCCGCCUCGUGAGCGGGUGCGAGAGGAAGACGAAAUCCUCCAGCGCUUCCGAGAGGAUGAGAUUAGACAUGGCGAAAUACCUACGGUAGCCGAUCGCAAUGUACGUUGGCGUGUAGACGAGAAUGGGAAUAAAGUUGCCUACUACGAUGACCCAGCUGUCCGAGCACCACCCUCAGGAAACGAUCCAAGGGUGAAUAAGUCCACCAAGCCACAUCUCCAAGGGAAAGACCACCCUCGUAACCGACACCCUCAGAACCAGGGCGACGAAAUGAGGGGGAGGGUGCCUAACCAGCCAGUGAACUCACAGGCACCCGCACCGCAGACUAAUGUCGGAGGUAUGAGCAAUACUGCUGCCCAGUACCACCGAGAGCAUGAGCAACAACAUAGCUCACAGUCUCACCCCUCCAGGAGGUCCCGUAGCCGAGAUACUACGUCAGAACAGAGGCCACAACCCGAUCCCUGA